UGUGUGGGUUUCCUCCGGGUGCUCCGGUUUCCUCCCACAUUCCAAAGACGUACGGGUUAGGAAGUUGUGGGCGUGCUGUGUUGGCGCCGGAAGCGUGGCGACACUUGCGGGCUGCCCCCAGAACACUCUACGCAAAAGAAGUUGCAUUUCACUGUGUGUUUCGAUGUACAUGUGACUGAUAAAGAUCUGAUCUUAUCUCUGGAGACACAGGAGGCUGCAGAUGCUGGAAUGUGGAGCAACGCACAAAGGCGCUGGAGGAACUCGGUGGGUCGGUCGAGCAGCAUCGAUGCAGGGAAAUGAACAGUUGACAUUCCAGGUCAAGACCCUUCAUCUCGACGCCAAUGGUCCGUCUCCCUCCACAGAUGCAGCCCGACCGCCCCCCCCCCCCCCGGCCUGUCCCCAGGUGCCGGGGGAAGGGAGGAGCAGCCGGAGUCGCGCCUGCGCAUGCGCACUGCUCGUAGGACCCUGGGCGGGAUUCGUUUUAUUCCGCCCGAGUUGUGUGGAUGGGAAGGAUUUAAGUGUCGGACCAGUUUCCGGCAGUGACGUGUUCGGGCCGGACCCUGUCGGCGAUUGGAUUCGGAUCGGUUGUGGAGCUGGGAGGAGGUCAUUGGAAGACGUGCCAGCAGUGCAGACAUGAAGUUGUACAGCCUGAGUAUAUUAUACAAAGGUGCCACAGGGGCUAACCUUCUGAAAGCUGCUUAUGAUGUCUCGUCCUUCAGUUUCUUCCAGAGAUCCAGUGUCCAGGAGUUCAUGACUUUCACAAGUCAACUGAUUGUGGAACGUUCACAGAAAGGAAGCCGAGCUGCGGUGAAAGAGCAAGACUAUCUGUGUCAUCUGUACAUACGCAAUGAUUCAUUGGCGGGGGUAGUUAUUGCAGACAGUGAAUAUCCAUCAAGAGUUUGCUUCACCUUGCUUGAUAAGGUACUAGAUGACUUCUCCAAACAGGUGGAUAGUAUCGACUGGCCAUCGGGAAAUCCAAACUCUAUUCACUACACAGGGCUGGAUGCUCAACUUGCCCGAUAUCAGAACCCUCGAGAAGCUGACCCUAUGAGUAAAGUACAAGCAGAACUGGAUGAGACCAAAGUAAUCUUGCAUAACACAAUGGAGUCCCUGCUAGAACGAGGGGAGAAGCUGGAUGAUCUGGUGUCAAAAUCAGAAGUUUUGGGCACACAGUCAAAAGCUUUCUACAAAACGGCUCGGAAACAGAACUCCUGUUGUGAGAUCAUGUGAUCUGCACCUUGGACCCACUCCCCUGCCUUCACUAACAUUUGGUUUAUAUGAGAAAUGUCUUCAGCCUGUUAGACAGCAGUUCUAUCAAGUGCGUCCUGGAUGGGUGACUGCAGAACAUCAAACUGAGAGACCAGCCAGUUGUUAGCGUGGGUUGAAGACGGCUAUUUAUUUUCUGUUUUGAUGUGCAGCUGUGAGUGAGACCGCGGGCUACUCUGGUUCUCCCUAAAUUGCUGAAGGAGUUGUAAUUGUUUCCAUUGGUUACUGACAGUUGUAGUGGUGAUUGCAGUAGCCUCAGUCUCUGCCUUGUGUGAUGUCCCUUGUUUAAAAUGAGUUUGUGAAACUUUAUGGAUGCUUGUGUGCAGCUGGGCAUUCUGUAUGUUACUGUUAAACCUGCCUUGUAGCAUUGAGUGGAGAACCAACAUAACUGAAUCCUCUUUCCCAUCGCAAAUGUGGCAGUGUGCUUGGUGUAGUCUAUGGGUGAUGGCGUCUUCCAUGGUCCACAUUGGUGUGCCUUGUUAUUGCAUCCAUCACAGCCUUGUACUGUCCCCUAUCCUGUAUUGGCACACCACAGUCAGAACUUGCUUGUCUGUUGAUCAGAAACAGGCAUCUUGGUCUUUCUCGCCAGGUAUUGUGAUUUCUCACUGGGUACUGUCUUUGCCCGUGUAGAUUUCCUUUAUAGUGUGACAUAAUGUCUGCAUUUUGCCUGCUAUGCCAUCCGAGGAAGCCUUGAUUUAACAGAACAAGUUUGAACAAUUUGCAUUCAACCCACUGGACAAAACACUGGAACAAAGUAAGGGUCUUAUUCCUCUAGGGUUCCCUCUAUUGUGCACUGAUCUAGAUUGUCCUGUGUUGGCAUAUGGGAAUUGACCUUAAUUGAGCCAAAGAUUACACUGAGCAGAAGCCCUAGGAUGCUGCAUGUGGCCAAUGCUACAGAAAAGCACAGGUACUAUGCGGCAGCUGUCUGUGUAUCUCUGGUUAAUCUUUAAGUGGUGACAACAAUUUCCAGUGGUGACAGUAUGCUAUUACUGUAUGAACUAUGUGUCUCCUCAUUCAGUUACUUGCUCCCCCAGUGAGCUACUCUUGGGUUGUGGUUCUCCUUUGCCAAAGUCACUUACAAACCAGUUGUGAAGGUGGGAGUGGUACAGAAUGGAUUUGAUUUCCCUCUUGCCCUGUGUGGCCCAACUCCCUGGGGAUUGUGGGGAAGGGAGAGAAACCUGUAUCCUGUUAUCUGGAAGUGUUGUGAUGUGGGUGCACGCACUGUUAAAGUAUUAACCCUAAAGUGAAGCUGCUUAUUUUAUUCCAGUUACUUGUCUCAUCCCUGAUUCAGCAAUCCAAAGGGAGCAUGCAGUUGUUUCCAUACAAAGAUGUCACCAUAAGGUACAACUGUGACAUCUUUUUGUUUCCUCUGUCUCCCCAGCUCAGGUGGUGUGUUCCAUUAAAUGAGAAGAUUGUCUUCACAUGUUGAAGUUUAGCUUUUAUAGUUGAGGUCAGGAGCAACUUUUGACCAAUUUUCAACAAGCAUUCCAACUUUUGUGAUUUAUCUUGAAGACCAGUUUUCAUAUUGCAUCUAAUGUAGAAGUGGCUUCUAUUUCAUAUUAUGUACAAUCCCUCAGUCUAGUUCAGAGGGUCAUAAAAUCAACAAAAGCGUUGUGGAUCAGCAUUGUCAGAUUCUGUAGUUUUGAUGCUGCACAAGCCAAAUUGUUAGUACUUCACUAAUUAAUACACUAAAUUGUAUAAGGAAUUAUUCCACUUGAGGAAGUGUGUUGAGGCAAGGCAACAGCCAUGGUUGAUGAUAAUCAAAAGCUUGGUUCUCCACAAUGGAAAGCGUACUUGCUGCUCCAGCAACUGGGGUCUGGUUUAAGACUACAAUGGCGAGGGUUGGAAAUGAUUACACUUCAGGCACUUGAUGGAAACUAUGAAUAGUACUACUGGGAAACAUUUUCCUUGUACCAUUUUAGUAUUAGAGAGUAGAGCAAUUAAUACAACAUCCAAUAUAGCAGCAAGCAUCUCACUUGUGAUCACUUUCCUAUUGGAAGGGCAUGUUUUGAGUUUAAUGCUCUACCAAGUUUUCCCCAACAGAUGCUUUGCAGACAAGUCUUACUUUAUUUUUUAGCAAAUGGAGAUUUCAUUGGCUGCAUGUGAUGUUUUUUAAACCAGCCCCUUCAUUUGCACAUUCAUGCUUAAUGUUGAGUCUCAUACAGACUAGUCUCAUCAGAAUCCAUUGGACUUGGUGCCACAUAAGCCCCCACUAAUGCUUUCUAAUCUUGUGGUUAAGUUCGCCCAGCUUGUUCCUGAAAUCUGUAUCAUUGCUGUCCACAGCUUGCAUUAUAUUGAUUGGCAUAAUGAUUAACACCUGAAAUAGAUUUUCAUCAAUCUGUUAUUUAGGAUCUGAGGGUCUAAAUUUAACUGUGUUCCUGCAUUUCAUCUGAUUAUUUAAAUUUUGGGACAAUUCCAUUGCUCUCAUUGUCUGGGUUUCUGUGGCUACAAUAUUUUGGAGCAUUGGCACUAUGAAGUGGCCAGUCUUUGCCCAUGGAGAGACCCCUUCAUGUAGAACGGGGUUUGCUACUGUUGACCAUGAUCCCUCUGCAAGUCUGUUUCCCAUGUCUGGCUGUAGUGACUGGACCUGACCAUUCUGCUCCUUCCAAAUGGGUUGGCCCAAAGUGCCUGGAAUUUUUCUCUCCUGCAUUGAUGCAUCCUUUUGGAAUUGCCAGCACUGAUUCUUGGUCCAAACUGUCUAGUGUACACAAGUCUAUAUCAACAUGUACUAGUAAGUAAUGAUUGUGGGACAUUGUUUUCAUAGUUGCAUUGAAAGCAAUAAGGAGAAUUUUUAGAUGUCCACUGCUGUCAUAAACCUGCAAACUCUCAAAUAUAUUGCAGUUUUUCCAUAGAGCCUUUGAACCAAACUGCUCUAUUUAGUGGCUGGUUGCAAGCAAAAUCCUUUUUUGCUUAAAUUUCUACCUUUCUCCAUUUUCCCACUUAAAUGAGGCAAAAAACCAACUCAGGCCAGACAGCAGCCUAUUGCCAUCUGCCUCCAGAGUAAUGCUAUAGGAUGAUUUGUUCAAAACAUUAAGGAGAUGCAGGCAGUAACAUCACAUCAAUGCCUCAUAAAAUGCAGAGCUCAGAUAACCUUGUGGCCUUUUUAAAAAUAAUGUAUUUCUUCAUCAGGGCUGAACGAUCUCAGCUGGUGCCUGAAUUUUGGGUCCAUGGCCAUUCAAUGGAUUGAUGAACACAAGAAUCACUUCAAUCACAAGGGUUUGCCUAAGCAAAAGAUGUUUGGGUUACAUAUCCUUGGAAAUCACAAGCACAUGCAGGAAUUCAAUGGGACAGUGGCCUGUGUUAAUGUUAUGGCACAUUGGGGACAGUUAGAGCAAACCUACUUCUGCCUUUUCACUUUGCUGUGGCUUGCCUCCUGUGCUGGAAGCUGUAAUCAUUUCAAUGAGUGCAGAAGUAACAACAAAAUGUGCAUUUGAAAGGGGGCUCAUGGUGGCUGUACCAUCUGAACUGGUGAAGCACUCAGUAUAAUAUUAGCUACCAGAAGUGAGGAUUAAAUACACUUUGUACAAGUAUUUUGCUUUUUCUAAUCAGUCAAACUGUAAAUGUGCUGUAACAAAUUAUUUUAGUCUUAUUUGUAAACAAAUGCUCAUGGAUGGUUACUGGUGAACUUCAAUUGAAAUUGUAUUUGGGAGUUGCUGGUUUGGUUCUAAUGUAUUGAUUGUUUACACUGUUGUAAUCCUGCCUUUUCAAAAUGUAUAAAGUUUACUUUCAAAAUUC